AAAUAAAUUAGAAAAAAAAAAUCCUUAGAGACGAAGAAAAGAAAAGACCCACCACGUGAAGCAAAUAGAAAGCCAGAUUGCAGCUCCUCCAUUUCCAUCUCCGCCGCUUCUCCGACGAACGCAGAAUUAUGAGUUACUCUUACGCCUACCACCACCACCACCAGCCGGAAUCCUAUCCUCCGCCUCCUCCCGGCUCUGCUCCGCCGUAUCCUCCGUCGCCGCCGCAGCCGCAGUCUGGGUAUCCCGGCCCCCCACCGCACCAAGGCUACCAAGGCUAUUUCUACGAUGGAUAUCCGGCCCCGCCGGGCCCUCAUCCUCCUCCUCCGCCGGGCCCUCCUCCUCCGCCUUAUUAUGAUCACUAUCACUACAAUGAUCGAGAUGAAUGCUCCUCCUUCCUUCAUGGAUGUUUAGCUACACUGUGUUGUUGUUGUAUGUUGGAGGAGUGCUUGGCCUGCUUCCGAUAGACAUUGCAAGCUCGGUGUUCUUCACUCACAGACCGUGCUGCGUUCAUAUCUUCUAUUAUGAAUUAAGGCCUGUUUUCGCAUCACUUGAAAUAAAACUUGUAGUUUCCCAGGUUGUUUUAUUGUAAAAUCUAUCUGUGUUGUUGUUUGAUAUCUAAAAGCUCUUAUUUACUUGUACACAUACCUAAACAAUUAAUAGUUAAUAUUAGUAGAUUUGGAUUCCCAACUGUUGUCAUCCAGAUUCAACUUCUCUAAGAUUUUGAUGCAAAUUUUCUGGGGAGAUUUUAUAUAGAAAGAAGGAUAUGCUAUUUGAAA